UGAACGGAGAAUCGGACCCCACAGCUAAUGCGGGCAUCCUCCCUUUGGUAUCCCGUACUCCCAAAGGAUCUACGGGAUCAACGCCAUGGCGAGUCCAAUGCAAUUCGGGAAACCCAGCGAAAGAUCCGGGACCAUGGAACACUGUCAGACGAUGAUUAUGGACCGCAAUCUCAGUCAGCAUCGGAAUCGCGGUAUCAAUAGUGGCACUGUCACUCCUUCCAUGGGUGGGAUAAGUCGCAACGCAUCCUAUUCAUCAGAUACGGCUCCACUGCUGCAGCGAUCCGGAAGCUCUAUUCCUUCCAUUCUCGAGUACGAAUCCACCAACAAUAGAAGCAGCCAAAAUCCUACGGAAAGACCGACAAUAACCGAAGCCACCAAUACCAUUCGUUUCCAGGUCAUCGUUUGGUACGUCGGAAAAAUUGACAUGGUGGAAGGAAGGGUUCCCAUCACCUUUCGUGUAACAAUAUACUGGAAUGCCUUGGACGAAGUCGACGAAGAGGAACAGGUCCAUGACGACGAAACUUCGGCAUCGACUCUUAGCCGACGCCCAGCCUGGCAAAUGCACGGUAGACAAAAGGCCUUUGUCAAGGAGCUCAAGGAUGUACCGUCCCAGACGGUAGAAGUACCACCCGUUUCCAUUCUCAACGUGGUAACCUUUGAUACCAUCGGUAGUCCCGAAGUAUCCUUACUGCAGGAAGACACACGGUUGAUGCGCUGGACCUGCAUGUACCGGGCCACCCUCAUUCAGGAACACUGGCGUGUGGACGACUUUCCCCACGAUGAGCACGAGAUCUCUUUGCGUAUGGCUGUCCUUGCGCACCGACAACCGGGAUCGCAAUGGGAUCGGCGGAUCUGGAAACUCAGUCUAGCCACGGCUGACGAUAGUCAAGGCUCCGUCCGCGUUCCCUACGGUCUCGUUGUAGACCAGGUGUCUAUUCCCGAGUUUAGCUAUAACAAGAAUGACGGGUUAUCGUUUGCCUUUGAACCACUUGAUCACGGUCCGGGCGGAAAUAUCGACCGCGAUACCUGCUUAGAGGUCAAGCUCAAAGUUUUGCGCGAUUCUAGCUACUACGAUCGCAACAUCAUGCCCUUGCUCGGUCUACUUAAUUUUGUGGCUAUCAGUAUUACCGCGCUGGAGGCGCAAAACUUUUUCGAACGCGCUCUACUCACUCUCAACAUAACCUUUGUCGAAAUUGGUAUGCGUAUGACAGCCGACUCCAAAUUGCCGUCGGCAUCGUACCAGAUCAAGAUGCAACGUAUCCUGAACGAGUACUUUUACGGUUUACUGGUUCUGGUGCUAGAAUCCCUGUUUGUGUACGAGUUGCACAAUUACGGAUUCCGGGGGACGGGCGUGGUAGAUGCCAUCGCGGCGCUUGCGGUCUUCUCUCACAAUGCGUAUACCCUUUUUACAUACUACUCGGACGCCGCCACGGCCCAAAAAAAGUUUUUCCAAAUAAAGCAAGAAAAGGUUUGACCGACAAGACAUGCUUUAAAAUAUUUUGCUUUUUUGCAGUUAGUAAUUUACCAGUACGUAAACGGCAUCCACCUUUC